GCGGCGGGAGCUUUUCAAACUCAGAGGAACAGCGGACAGUUUGAGACGGAGACCCAACCUAGUUUUACACGUUUGCACGGUCUGAACUCAAACCGGAGAGAUAUUAAUUAAACCGAGAAGAUAAAUAAAGAGAUAAUUCAGCCGCCAGAGGACGAAGGCACGGAGCCAACAUGACGGAUUCAUCCGGACGCUAUGAGCGUCUGACAGCAGAGCAAAUGGAUGAACAGAGGAUCCAGAACGUGGCCUAUCAGUACCUCUGCAGGCUGGAGGAGGCUAAGAGGUGGAUGGAGGCGUGUCUGGGGGAGGAGCUUCCUGCUCCCACUGAACUGGAGGAGGCGCUGAGGAACGGAGUCUUCCUCGCUAAACUCGGUCAUCGAUUCGCUCCGAACGCCGUCGCCGUGAAGAAGAUCUACGACCCUGAGCAGCUCCGAUACCAGGCGGUGGGUCUUCAGUUCCGUCACACUGACAACAUCAACCACUGGAGGAACGCCAUGACCACCCUUGGACUGCCAACGAUCUUCCAUCCAGAAACUACAGACGUCUACGACAAGAAGAACAUGCCGAGAGCCGUUUACUGUAUCCACGCUCUCAGCCUCUACCUGUACAGACUGGGUCUGGCUCCUCAGAUCCACGACCUCUAUGGAAAAGUCAAGUUCACAGAGGAGGAGAUCAACAACAUGAAGUCAGAGCUGGAUAAAUACGGGAUCCAGCUGCCGGCGUUCAACAAGAUUGGAGGAAUUCUGGCCAAUGAGCUGUCAGUGGACGAGGCUGCAGUCCAUGCGGCGGUGAUCGCCAUCAACGAGGCGGUGGACAGAGGUCAGGUGGAGGUCACGGCGACGGCUCUGAAGAACCCCAACGCCCUCCUCAGUGACCUGCAGGAGGCGCUGAUGAGCGUCUACCAGGAGGUACUGCAGCACGCCAAAACACGGAAACAAGAGCACGCCGCCAGCAGGGGUGGCGGUCCGGAGGAUAUCUACGAGGAGUUUCUGACUCAGAGAGAAAUCCAGGACAACAUCAACAUGGCCAACGUGCGGUCAGCGGUGGAGAAGGUGGAUGAAGCUCUGGACUCUGCAGAUGAACUCUCUCUGCUGUCCGCUCUGCAGCUGCCAUGUUUGGCCCUCAGGGGCGUCCGUACUGACAACGGCCCCUGGUACCUGGACCAGUUGUCAGCAGACCGCCAGCAGAAGGCCCUGGAUGAGGGCUGUGUUGAUCCUUUGGAGCCUGAUGAGCUGCAGGAAGGUGUGACCAUCGCCAACCAGGAUGCUCAGAGAGACCGGGCCAUGCAUGCAGCGGUGCAGAGUGUUAAUGGGUCGCUGCGUCUCAGCGACCCCAGACACACGGUCAGCUGUCUGAUGACCUCUGACCUCGAGCUUCCUGAAGUUUUUCCAUUCGCUGCGACUCUUUAUCACCGAGAGCUGCAGCUGCUGCAGAGACAGACGGCACAGGGGGAGCUGCAGCAGGAGGAGCUGUUUGUUGCCGUGGAGAUGCUGUCAGCUGUCGCUCUCAUCAAUCAGGCGUUGGAGGUGGGACAUCUGCAGCAGUUCAGCUCCUCAUUGGUCAGUCCGUCUGCAGGACUCUCUGAUGUCGACCACACCCUGCUCGACAGGUACUUUGAGUGUCUGGUUGGUGUGAAGCAGCAGGUGAGCAGAGAUCUGCUGACCUGGAAUCAGCUGCAGGGAGGAAUCAACUCUGUCAACAACGCCAUGCAGGAUGAACACCAACAGCUGCUGUCUGUCGGUCUGGUGAACAAGGCCGUGAUCAGAGGAGACUCUCAGCAGCUGCUGUCUGCUCUGCUGCUGCCCUCCUGUGGUGUGGAGGAGGUUCUACCUGCCAACACCUGCAGAUACCUGACCCUGCUCACCAGAGCCAGGCAGCACAAAGCUCAGGUAACCACACAGGUGAGCAGGGACCCAAAAUCUGAGCUGUGGUUGGCUGAUAUCCAGGAAGCAGUGAAGAGAGCCAAUCAGCAGAGCCAGAAAGCUCUGAAGCUGUGUCUGUCAUUAGCUGCAGUGAAUCAGGCUGUAAAGGAGAAUAAAGUGAAUCAGACUUUUCGUGUUCUGAGUUUACCUGAAGUCCAGCUGCAGGGAGUCGUUCCCACCUGUGCUGCUGAUUAUCAGAGAGAGCUCUACAGUCUGAUGUCAGACCGGAUGCACACAGGAGACAACCGUAGUCCGUGGGUUCGAGUUCGGCUGGACGACGGCUCGUUUUACUACCUCCACCUGAACAGACUGGAGGGUAGUUGGGAGAAACCCAACGGCUUCAUACACAACAGUGUGUUCCUCGACCAACAACAGAUACAGGAAGUAGUCAGCAGCGCUUCAGGCUCGUACAGUCGCGGCAUCCUCUGGCGGAGCAGAGAAGCCCUCGUCGUUGGUCUGCAGGCGGUCAGUCGAGGAUUCCUGCUCAGACAGAAGCUGGAGGCUCGACGGCGUUACCUGACCAAUCAGACACCUGCUGUUAUCAUCAUCCAGUCUAAUUGGAGGAGGUUGGUCCAGCAGCGGGCGUACAGACGUCGGCUGCAGUUUCUCUACAUGAACUGGAGAGCUGUUGUCAAGAUCCAGUCGUCUGUGAAGAUGUGGUCGGCGAGGAGAAAAUAUCGAGCUCGACUGAGUUUCUUCAGACGUCAUGUUGGCGCCAUCAUAAAGAUUCAGGCCUUCUUCAGAGCCAACAGAGCUCGAGACGAGUACAGGAUGCUGGUGCACUCGGCCACGCCCCCCCUGUCUGUGGUCAGGAAGUUUGUUCACCUGCUCGACCUGGGCGACAGUGACAUCAGAGAGGAGGCGGAGCAGCUGCGUCUGAGGGAGGAGGUGGUGAGGAGCAUCCGCUUCAACCGACAGCUGGAGGCCGACCUGGACCUGAUGGACCUGAAGAUCGGCCUGCUGGUCCGCAACAGAGCCACGCUACAGGAAGUGGUGUCUCACUGCAAGAAGCUGACGAAGAAGAACAAGGAGCAGCUGUCAGACAUGAUGGACGUGGAGAGAAGUAAAGGUCUGAAAGCUCUGAGCAGAGAGAGGAGAGAGAGACUGGAGGCCUACCAACACCUGUUCUACCUGCUGCAGACCCAGCCUCUGUACCUGGCCCAGCUGAUCUUCCUGAUGCCUCAGAGUCGCUCCACCUCCUUCAUGGAGAUGUUGGUGUUCAGUCUGUUUAACUACGGUGCCGACCGAAGAGACGCCUUCCUGCUGCUGCAGCUGUUCACGGCGGCGCUGCGAUACGAGAUCAGACUGAAGGUGGAGCAGCCUCAGGACGUGGUCACAGGUAACCCCACCGUCAUCAAGAUGUUGGUGAACUUUUACCGACACGCUCGCGGUCAGAACGCCCUGCGGGAGUCUCUGGGUCCAGCUCUGCAGGACGUCCUGCUGGACCGGAGCCUCAGCAUCAGGACCGACCCGGUGGACGUCUACAAGACCUGGAUCAACCAGACCGAGACCCAGACCGGACACAAGAGCUCCCUGCCAUACGAGGUCUCACCUGCUGACGCUCUGAGUCACCCAGAGGUCCAGAGACGUAUUGACAUCGCCAUCAUCAACCUGAAGAACCUGACGGACCGAGUCCUCAAAGCCAUCACCUCUAACCUCCACAAACUACCUUACGGUUUACGUUACACGGCGAAGGUUCUCCGAGACGCCCUGAAGGCGAAGUUCCCUGAAGCAAGCGAAGACGAACUCUACAAGAUUGUCGGUAACCUGGUCUACUAUCGCUACAUGAACCCGGCCAUCGUUGCGCCGGACGGUUUCGACGUGGUGGACCGGUCUGCCGGCUCCGCCCUGCAGCCGGAGCAGCGCCACAUCCUGGGCUCUAUCGCCCGAAUGCUGCAGCAUGCCGCCGCCAACAAGCACUUCCACGGAGACGGAUACCACGUCAGAGCUCUGAACCAGUAUAUCAGCCAGACUCACAGCAAGUUCAGGAACUUCCUGUUGAGUGUUUGUGACGUUCCUGAACCAGAAGACACGUUCAACAUGGACGAAUACUCGGAGCUGCUCAUCGUCAACAAGCCGGUCGUCUACAUCUCCAUCAGCGAGCUGCUCAACACACACAAGUUGUUGUUGGAGCAGCAGGAGGUUUUGUGUCCGGACCCCUCAGACCCUCUCAGACUGCUGCUGAAGGACCUCGGAUCAGUACCCACCCUGCAGGACCUCAUCGGAGAGUGUUCCUCAGCAGAUCCAGGAUCAGAGUCCGGUCUGUCUCAGAGCAGCAAGAUGGAGGUUUCUCUGACUCUCACCAACAAGUUUGACAUCUUCAACGAGUCCGACGACAAACCAGACGCCAGAGGACUGCUGCUCAGCACAAAGCAGCUGAUCAUUGAUGUCAUCAGGACUCAGUCAGGUGACUCUCUGAGUGACAUCCUGAGAGCAUCUGUGUCACAUGACCAGAAAGCCUGUCAUGAUUGGCUGAUGCAUCGGCGCGCUCAGCAGGACGCUCGCACACCUGAGAAGAUGAAGAGGAACCAGUCGCUGGUCGCCAACGGCAACCUGAGUUUAGAGGAGAAGAAGAGGAAGAUCCUGAGGAGUCUUCGUCGUCUGGAGGGACUCGGAGUCCUGAAACCACCUCAGACCGAAAACCAGAUCCUACAGAUGAUCGCCAAGGACAUACGUCAGCAGCGUCUGCACCGUCAGCGUCGGGGGGCGGAGCUACAGAAGCUCCGUCAGACUCUCAGCAGCCUGCAGGCAAAGAGCAGCUUUCACAGUGAACAGGUGGAUUUCUACAGACAUUACAUCACUUCCUGUCUGGACAACCUAACCGCCAACAGUAAAUCGACCAAUAAGAAGGCAGCAGAUAGCAAAGGGAAGAAGAAGCUUCCUGCUCUGAGCUACAGCGCCACCCGACUGCAGGAGAAAGGAGUUCUGUUAGAGAUCGAAGACCUGCCAGCUACACAGUUUAAGAACGUCGUCUUUGACAUCGUUCCUGGACCUGAGAAAGGAAGUUUCAACGUCAAAGCUCGAUUCCUCGGCGUUGAGAUGGAGGAGUUCCUGCUCAAAUACCAGGACCUGCUGCAACUGCAGUAUGAAGGCGUGGCGGUGAUGAAAAUGUUUGACAAGGCGAAGGUUAACGUCAACCUGCUCAUCUUCCUCCUCAACAAGAAGUUCUUCAAGAAAUGAACCAAGUGAUGCUCUUACUUUACACUCCUAUCUCACACUCAUAUCUAUAUUUAUAUAUCUCACUACAGUAUACAGAGUGAGGCAUUUUGUUUUUUUAGUAUCUCAUUACUUAUCAAUCAAUCAAAUAAGCUUUAUUAACAUGGAUGUUAUUGCUACAUUAUUGCCAAAGCUCGGUUACAUGUUAUUUUAUUAUUACAUUUUAACAAGAGAACAAAAUAGAUAGAGCUCAACAGGAUGUUUCUGGAAAUGAAAAUCCCUUUAAUGGAGGAUUAUAAAGUCGUAACCAUCCAAGGUCGAUUCACCACAAGCUAAGAUGGUAUCUGCUCCUCUAGAAGCCACCAGUCCUGGUUGGGUAUGAUAUUAACCUUGUUUUAAGAAAAACACGUUUUAUCCACCAUGUCAUGGAGAAGUACUAUACUACCCACAAUCCUAGGUGUAACAGUGACAUCUCUGAUUGGUGGAGCUCGCUGUUACCAUGGAAAUGUUUACCGCACCUGCGAACAGCUAGUGAGGGUACGUGCUCGUACGUUCGCCUCCGUGGCGUCUGCUCCCGGAUAUCAGACAGGACCAACAUGGCGGCUCGUUGAGCGAAAUGUGUUUCUGAAAACAUUUGAGGAGAGAAAUAAGGCGCGGAGUUACUGAAAUUGUCUUCAGUUUUUCGGCGAGUCGCCAUUAGCAAUGGUUUAUGGGACGAGUAGUUCCUUCACACUUACUGUAUACCUAUUAUGUACACGGUCUCGUAUUUUUUUUUCUGUUUUCCAAUGUUUUUCUGCUCUGAAUGGGAAAUUCACCAUUCAAAAAAGUGGGUGGUCAGUAUUGAGCUCUAUAAUCAUACGACAGGGUUUAAGGUUGGACAUCUUCUAUUCACUCCUAUCUUUUUUUUUAUCUCACUACAUUAUCUGUUUCUAUAUCCCAUUAUAUAGAGUGAAGCCUCUUCACUAUAUUUCUGCCUUUGCAUCUCACUUUAAAUGUGUAGCUCUGAGCUACCUGUCUUGUGUUUUUUAAACAGUGGGACAUCGUCCCUACACUCCAAUCUCCGUUUUUAUAGGUCGCUACGUUAUCAGCUUUUACAUCCUAAUAAGUAAACAGAGUGAGGCGUCUUUCUCAGUCCUAUCUUUGUACAGUGUAGACGAUUCUGUUGUUUAUAUGUAACUAAAAUUUAAACAAAGUGGGGCAUCUUCGUUCUACUCCUAUCUCUGUUUACUUGUAGGCUAUAAACAAGACAGGAUGAUGAUGAUGAUGGAGUUUUUUGUUGUUGUUAAUAAAUACAAACACAAGAAGCCAAAUUAAACAGAUCUAUAGAUGCACACAAAAACACUACGUAAUUAGAAAUGUCAAACUACCAAAAAACAUGAGUUUUAUUUUGAAGGAUUUAGGUUCUUUGAGGCUGUAAAUCAGUCAACAACAACAGAAUCGGAAGAUUGAUCAGAUGAAUUAUGGCACCAACAGGACUCCGCAGGUUCAUCAGCCUCUGAAGUCUGUUCGUAGUUUUUAUUUGCAGCUCAAACAGCAAAAAGUUUAAAUUCAUUAUAGAAAAUAAACUCAUCACAGCUGCUCUGAUACCUGACCGAUAACUGAUCAAUAACAGACGACUGAUCAAUAAUUGUAAAUAUUUUCUGUCACUUUCUGUUUUUUGUCUGUUUUCUUUUUGUCGACAUUUGAAAGGAAAAUGUUAAAUGUUUCUGUUUUUUUAAUUCAUUAAAUAUCCUAAAUGUCUUCAGCUGUUGUUUCUUACUGUAAUUGAUUGGUUCAUUGAUUAGUUCAAUGAUUGAUUUGACUGAUUAAAUGGCUGAGAUCAGUGUGAGGUCAUGUCACAUGAUUCACUUUAUGAAACACACAGUUGUCUAAUAUUUUCAGAUUAGUAACAAGUGUAAUAAACUUUAAUUAUCUGUUAA